UCUUUGCUCAGUCCAACGUGGUCCCUUCAACCGGGCUCUGCUCUUGCCUUCUCCACACUUGUUUGAUUUAUGAGGAAUCCAAGAUGAAUCUGGAGCAGGAGAGGCCAUUCAUCUGCAGUGCUCCAGGCUGCUCCCAGCCUCGGUCUCUGUUUUCAGAUCAGACUCCGACCCCAACGAGAUUCCUGAAGAACUGCGAGGAAGUGGGACUCUUCAAUGAGCUGGAUUGCUCCCUAGAGCAUGAGUUCAGGAAGGUUCAGGAGGAGGAGAGCAGCAAGCGGAAUAUCUCGAUGCAUAAUACAGUUGGUGGGGCCAUGGCAGGGCCCGGAGCUCACCAGCUUGGCAGCACACGGAUGCCCAACCAUGACACCAGUGUUGUGAUUCAGCAAGCCAUGCCGUCACCCCAGUCCAGCUCUGUCAUCACACAAGCACCUUCCACCAACCGCCAGAUCGGGCCUGUUCCAGGCUCUCUAUCUUCUCUGCUACACAUCCACAACAGACAGAGACAGCCCAUGCCAGCCUCCAUGCCCGGGACCCUGCCCAACCCUACGAUGCCGGGAUCUUCUGCUGUCCUGAUGCCAAUGGAGAGACAAAUGUCAGUGAACUCCAACCUCCUGGGAAUGCAGGGUCCAAAUCUCAGCAACCCCUGUGCUUCUCCCCAAGUCCAGCCGAUGCACUCCGAAGCCAAAAUGAGGCUGAAGGCCGCGUUGACUCACCACCCUGCUGCCAUGUCAAAUGGGAAUAUGAAUACCAUGGGACACAUGAUGGAAAUGAUGGGCUCCCGGCAGGACCAGACGCCGCACCAUCACAUGCACUCCCACCCGCAUCAGCACCAGACACUGCCAGCCCAUCACCCCUACCCACACCAGCACCAGCACCCAGCUCACCACCCCCAUCCUCAGCCUCAUCACCAGCAGAACCACCCGCAUCAUCACUCCCACUCCCACCUUCAUGCACACCCAGCACAUCACCAAACCUCGCCACAUCCACCCCUGCACUCCGGCAACCAAGCACAGGUUUCACCAGCCACACAGCAGAUGCAGCCAACCCAGACAAUACAGCCGCCCCAGCCCACAGGGGGGCGCCGGCGAAGGGUGGUGGAUGAGGAUCCGGAUGAGAGGAGGCGGAAAUUUCUGGAACGGAACCGGGCCGCCGCCACCCGCUGCAGACAGAAGAGGAAGGUCUGGGUGAUGUCACUGGAAAAGAAAGCUGAAGAACUCACCCAGACAAACAUGCAGCUUCAGAAUGAAGUGUCUAUGUUAAAAAACGAGGUGGCGCAGCUGAAACAGUUGUUGCUAACGCAUAAAGACUGCCCAAUAACAGCCAUGCAGAAAGAGUCGCAAGGAUAUCUAAGUCCGGAGAGCAGCCCUCCCGCGAGCCCGGUCCCCGCUUGCUCCCAGCAGCAGGUCAUCCAGCAUAACACCAUCACCACUUCCUCGGCCGUCAGCGAGGUGGUAGGGAGCUCCACCCUCAGCCAGCUCACCACUCACAGAACAGACCUGAAUCCGAUCCUUUAAAAACCAGGGCUCGGACCUUGCCUCCAAGAAGAGCUGCCGCGUCCCAUGCGUCCUUUCCUUGAAGGGCAUUUUUAGAAUUAACUCAGACCUGGAAGACUCCUCAGCUCUUCAGAGACUGGCUUUCGUUUUUACAGUCAUCAUGGAAAUGUUGUCUUUUAUACUUAGUUCUAUGAGAAAAAAGGGAGUUAUGCAAUUACUAUCUAUCAGCUUGGGAAAUGCUUUGGUGCUUUUCUCCAGUUUUCUGGUACCAGUUACAUGUUUAUAAACUGAAUGCUUUCUGUAUAUAGUCAUGGUUUCAUUAGCAGUCCAACCCUUUGCCUGAGACAUUGACUCUUGUUGUUAAGCCGCAGCUUAUAGCCAAAAUGAGGCAUGCUUAGAUGUCAACAGAUGCAAGGCAACUGGGUGAGAUGUCUGAUGAUAUCAUAGUCCGUGUUGAGCUUGUGCUGUGAUGUCACCAGAAUCCCAGAUAAACACAGAGCCUUUUCCACAGCUUUGUUUCUCUUACUAUAAAAAGCGUAAGAUCCAUUGAUGUCCAAAUAACACCACCAGGCAUCUCCCCACCCCCACCCCCUGCUCCCCUUGGCCCACUUCCUCCAGUGCCCACUUCCUUCUCCGUUUCCACUCCUUGCUGGGCUCCCUGUUUGUAUCUUUACUUUCUUCUGCUUUAUUUUCCCCCUUGAGCAUUGCAUGUAAAGAAGAAAAUAAUGUUUAAAGAAAACAAAAAAGCGAACCUCAGCAAUGCAGACCUCGCCGUCGCUCCCCUUGCCCUUGCCCCGCAGCUGGAGUUCAUUCAACUCGUGCUUCUUACAAAAUAGUAACCAGGAGAUGUUUAAUGUGCCUGAUUUAAUGUUUUUAAUAAUCAGAGCAAAUAAAAAGUGGCUUAGCCAUAGGUGAAGCACUGUUGAGCGCCAGCUGUGGAGACACUAGGGAAGGAGCCGUGUAAGCCUCGAUUGUGAAAGUCCAAAUCAUGAUGCGAGGCUAAAACAUCACACCCUCAAAUCACAGCUGGUUUUAUAUGGCCUGUCUAUAACGUCAAAAACCCAUGUACUAUAUAAUAAUUCAGAAGGGCUCUAUUCACUACACAAAUUACAUUGUUCAAUCAUCAGCUACUAAUAGCCUAAGAUUUAUUGUUGUGUGUGUUUUUUCUUAAGCCUAUGGAACCAGCUUUGCUGUUCUGGUGGGUGAAAGUAGAUGAACUAGUGGAGGAACAAAGAGAGAAAGAAAACCUAAUGUUCCAUUGGGGCACUUCCCGCCCUCCCACGGCAGUGAAAGAAAGGACCCCAUGGACAUGGCUACUCCACUCUCCCGAACAAUUCUGAUUUACAUUUUCAACAACUUUUGUGGAAUUGCCCAUUCUACAAAGCAGAUAGUUCCAAACCACAGUUGUGCCUCCUUGAAUCAAGCCAUUCUACUGUGCUAAUGUUUUAAUAUCACAUCUCACAAAUAACCAGGCUAAUGUUUCUCUUUAGCAGUCUAGACAGGUGCUGGUGUUUCAUCUCCAUUUGAAUGCUUGACCUCCUAACAUGAGUGAGUGUGUGUGUGUGUGUGUGUGUUCAUGGGAUUUAAAGGAAUAGUAUUUUACAAAAGGUGUAGCUUUUAUAAGAGUUCAGAAAAAGGAAGGACGUGUGUGUUUUUUCUCUCACUAUAGUGUAAGAAUCUAUUUUGGAGAAAAAAGAAAAUAUGAGAGUUGCGAAGCAUGAUUUUUAUAACUAGUUUCAGUUUUAUCUACUAACUUACUUUUUAAAUCAGUAUUUAUCAACAAUCUUUUCAUGUAUGCAGUGCUUUCGAAAGAAACUUUGGAGUAUCCAGUGAAACUCAUGACUUGGAUAUAUGGUCUAAAAAUCAAAGCAAAAACAAACAAAAAAAAGAAAACAAAAAAAAGAAAAGGAAAAAAAA